AUGAAGAAUCCAAUUCAAUCGAUUGAUGAACAAAUAAAUCAAGUUGCCAAUGUUGAAUCGACAUUUUCUACGCUAACAAUCGAUGAUCAUCUAAUUAAUUUUAGCUUUGAUAAAUCAAUAUUUAAGUAUCUUUUUCCUCUCACAUCACCAUAUGAAACGAUUAAACUCGAAGGAAAUAAUGGUUGUAUAGCGGCAAAUGAUGAUCAUUUUUUAGUAAUUCAAAAUAAUAUUCUUUUUGUAUAUGAUCGACGAUGGCAAAUUUUAAGAACAUCCCAAUGGACUUAUGGUGGUCCUUAUGAUAUGUUCUGGUCGAAUGCACUCGAUCAAUUUAUUUUCAUUAUUGAGAAAAAAAUUUUAAUUUUCAAUGAUAAGACCAUGACACGUAGUCCAUUUCCACUUGCUGACAAUCAUGACACAGUUGACUUUUAUGGUGGAGCAUGUUCAGGAAAUAGUUUAUUUUUAUUUACAUGGGGUUGGGGUCCAUCGAUAUAUGAAUAUGCUCUUCGACCAUUAGUUGAGUUCAAGAAACAAUAUCAAUCACCUGAACCUUAUACAACCGAUGAACUAAUUCUCCAUUGUGCAGCAAAUAAUGAAGUUUUGGGAAUGAUUGUUAAAAAUCGACAAAAUGAAAUUCGUUUUGAUUUAUGUCUAACAGCCACUAUGCAUCGAUAUUAUACGGUUCACUUAGAUUUGACAGCUGAAAAUCAACAGAUACGCUGUUGUUCUUUGAAUAAUGACCAUUGGAUGGUCAUUUGUCCGGAUUAUUCUGCACUUUAUCAGAUUUUUUAUCCACGAGGAAUUGUAGGAAAGCAUACUUAUCAAUCAUCACCUUGGUAUGCCAUUGAUUUGGGCAAAAAUGAUCUUCUUAUAUUAACAGAAAAUACGGUUAAUAUACAUAAAUUGCCGUAA